GUUGUUACGUAUUGGCCCAGCUGCUUAUGCUAAAUGCUAGCUAAGUCUCUGGUUUCUGUUUUGCGGCUUUCUGUUGUCCUCCAACAGGACUCUGGGUAGAAAAACUUAAUUUAUCAGAUCGUUAACAGGCCUUGGAGCACCUGGACGUCGGCGUCGGGUCGUGGUCAUGGCUCUGCAGGGGCCGGAGGAGGUAGGGGAGCAGGUUGAAGAGCCGGAGGACCUGGACGACCAGGACGCUAGCAGCAUCUCCCCGGCCGAAGAGAUAACCCUUCCACCGGGGACGGGGGGCGACGAAGAGCCGGAGGAGGCUUUCCUCCUGCCGUGGGACCGCUUUUCCUCCUGGCUGCACUGCAUCUGUGUGGUCGGCUUCGACCUGGAGCUGGGCCAGGCGGUGGAGGUAAUUUAUCCUCAUCAUUCCAAACUGUCAGAGAAAGAGAAAACAAGCAUCUGCUACCUUUCCUUCCCAGACUCCAACUCAGGUUGCCUUGGCGACACGCAGUUCUGCUUCCGCUUUCGACAGGGAUCCAACAGGAAGUCGUCCCUUGGGUGUUUCCUGGAAAACACGGAUCGAGACGCGCCGCCCUGCCUGAAGCGGGAACAAGGCCAUUACUACGGCUAUGUGUAUUUUCGUCAGGUUCGAGACAAAUCCCUGAAGAGAGGAUACUUCCAGAAGUCCCUGGUUCUGAUCAGUAAGCUGCCGUAUGUGACCUUCUUCCACUCGCUGCUGAAGAUCAUGGCUCCGGAGUACUUUGAGAAACAGGAGCCGUGCCUGGAGGCCGCUUGUAACGACAUCGACCGCUGGCCGACGCCGCAUCCUGGACGAGUCCUGACUCUGCCGAUCAUGGGUGUCGUCAUUAAGGUUCGCAUCCCAACCUGUUACGAUAAACCAGGAACCUCCCAGUUGGUCCAGUCAGCCCAGGGUGACAGUUUGGUUUCAAUCAUUCUCCCAACGAUCCAUGAAGUCGACUUGUUCAGGUGCUUCUACCCGGUCUUCUUCCACAUCCAGAUGCUUUGGGAGUUGGUGUUGCUAGGGGAGGCCCUGGUCGUCAUGGCGCCGUCGCCCGCUGAGUCGUCAGAAACCGUGCUGGCGUUGGUCAGCUGUGUCUCUCCGCUGCGUUACUGCAGCGACUUCAGGCCGUACUUCACCAUCCAUGACAGCGAGUUUAAGGAGUACACGACCCGGACGCAGGCUCCGCCGUCCGUCAUUCUGGGAGUGACCAAUCCCUUCUUUGCAAAGACUCUGCAGCACUGGCCGCACAUCAUCCGCAUCGGAGACAUGAAGCAAGCAGGAGAAGUGGCCAAGCAGAUGAAGGUGAAGAAACUGAAAAACCUGAAAACUCUGGACUCCAAACCUGGUGUGUACACUGCCUACAAGCCAUAUCUCAGCAAAGAUGAAGAAAUCAUCAAGCAGCUCCAGAAGGGCGUCCAACAGAAGAGACCGUCGGCGGCUCAAAAUGCGAUUCUUCGACGGUACUUUUUAGAGCUGACUCAGAGCUUCAUCAUUCCUCUGGAGCGAUACGUGGCCAGCCUCAUGCCUCUGCAGAAGUCCAUCAGUCCUUGGAAGAGUCCGCCUCAGCUCCGGCCUUUUGUCCAGCCUGACUUCAUGAAGACUCUGGAGAAAGCAGGACCGCAGCUCACCUCCAGGCUCAAAGGAGACUGGAUAGGACUGUACAGGCAUUUUCUAAAGUCUCCCAACUUUGACGGCUGGUUCCGGAGCAGGAAAAGAGAAAUGACUCAGAAACUGGAGGCUCUCCACCUGGAGGCUCUGUGUGAGGAGGACCUUCAGCAGCGGAUCCAGAAGCACACAGAGGUGGAGGCGGUAGAUCUGGUUCUGAAGCUCAAAGACAAACUGAGCCAGGCGGAGCGGGAGCAGCUCCCGGUCCGGCCGGGCACUCUGUCCAAACUCAGAGCCCACAUCCAGGCCGUCAUCCUGGCCUUACCAGAGGACCUGCAGGGCAUCCUCCACAAGCCGCCCACAUCCUGAGAGCGGACCGAGGCCCAGCUGGAGGCCUGCUCGGCUCAAACACGGCCUGGGGAAUCAUGCGGUCUGGACUGGCCUGGAGCUGCCAGAUGAAGCGUUUUGUUUGGGAAAUGAAGGAGAGCUGAUCACGUUCCCACAUAGUCCACUACUAAUCCUGACCCUGUGGGGAGUAGCGGACAGGAAAACUGACUCAACAUUUUUACUUCUGAACAUCUUCGGUUCUUAUUUUUGAACCAGGCUUCAGAGUUUUCAUCCAUUUUUUUUUUCUUUAAAGAAAGUGCCCAACACACUCGCAUGCCCUCACACACACUCAGACUUAUGCAAACAAACUGAACCGAGCAGAGCCAAGCAGUGCAUUAUAUUUAUAUUUCACAGAAAUGUUCUUUAUUGAAACACAAACAGCAUUCAGAACCAGCAACCUGCUCUAAUCCUGCUGCUGUGAAGCGUUGCUCAGGAGCCACGACACCACUACCAGUCUCGCAUCUCUCUGCAUUGGGUAGCUCACCGUCUCUGCAACAUGCAUGGUGAAAAUUUUAUUUGUUUUUGUCUGAACGCUGAAUUUGUGUCCAUUUUUAACUGAGCUCAGUGUUGAAGAAGCAACAGUGGUGCAUUUAAAACCUCAAAAAUACAAUUUUUAGUGCAAAUAUAUUAGUUCACCUGAAAGAAGACAAAACUAACUUACAAGAAACUUUUCAGCAAGACAUGAGCUUAUUUUCUGCAGUUAAUUCUUGAAAAUCGAUUUUUAAAAAGUAGUAGUUCCACUAGAUUAUUUUACUUAUAACAAGACGUUUUACCACGUUAUAAGAUAAAUAAACAUACAUUUUAUGUAACUAUAUUCUUAAUACAAGUUCCUGUAUCUUGUUGCUUGUAAAUUAGUUUAGUUUUUACCAAGAUAUUUUGUGUUUUUGCAGUGAACCCAGUGACCACACUCCAAAAAC